AUGGCGGGUAAUCUAAAUAAACGGUUAAAUUUCAGAGUAAAAGAAAAUGUAAAUAAAUCCUGCGAUUUAAUAUUUGAUGGUGGAUUACAUUCAACAACUAGAGGUGCAAUGGUUAAUGAACUUGUUAAGUACUUUAUGUAUGAACGGCAACAAAUUCCUGUGCCGUUUGACCACGCUAAACGAGAAUUGAAAAAACUUUCAGAGCUUCAAGAAAUCGAAAGUAGAGAAAAUGAAAAGAGGAACGAAAUGCGUCAAAAACAGAUGCCCUUGUCUUCAAAAAGAAAAUUGAAAAAUAGAUUAACAGAGAGAAAAGCAUCAUCAGCUUUAGAAAACCUGGACUUGAUUUUUGAAAAUAUUCAAAAAUCAUUCGAACACUGCCCAGAGAUUAGCCAGAUAAUGAUAGUGUUGGGAAGUACUGUUGUUAGUCCGAAGGAAAUGUACAUUAUCCAGAUGCCCCCAUUGAGUCCAGAUGCUGAAAAUAUUGUGUUUAAAUCUUGUGUAAGAUCAUUAUUUCGACAAUUAAUAACUCAAGAUUUAUUGGGAAAUAUUAAAGGUAUUUCACCAACUAAUAUGACAGUUUUAUUGAAAGCUCCCAGGGGCUGUAAUAUAGAAUGGUUUACCCCAAAACACAACUUCAAGACAUCGAGUCGUGGACAACAGUUUAUGUUCAACUGUGUGUGCGAACAACCAGUUGUUUUAACCCACGAUUUAACGCACGAUGCCAACGAAUUUGACAUUUCUGGAAUAGACUGUUUGGACAGUUUAGACAUUGACAUGUCGGCUACUGCUUUAGAUGAUGUUUCGUUAUCAGAAUUGCUUUCCAGAAGAAUUUCUUUUGGUCACCAUAAAUAUCAAACCCCUGUUGCCAGUAAAACUCCCAUUGAUCGAAUAAAUCAUAAAGCCACUACUCCAGCACAGACAAUUAAUCAAGAUGAUGACCAUCUUUGGUUCCAGUCCCCUGUUGUUGUAAAAGGCUAUAGGGACCCAGCACAUCAAAAAUAAUCCGAAAUGGGAAAUGUUUUAUAUAUGUGUCAUUUAUAGCACAUUGGAUAUUUGGAGAAUGUAAUGGAGUUUGUUUAUUUGCCAAAUUCCAAGAAUAAAAAAUACAGCAAGUAUAGAAGGACAAAAAAAGAUUAUACACAAACGAUAUAUGUACAUAUAUGUAAAUAUAAUUUCAAAAGGUGUAAUACACAAUAUAUAUUAUGGCAAGACUUGUAUAGUACAGAUCAUAAUUUUGUAAAUAAAUAUUUCCUACACAAUAAUUCCAAAAGGUGUAAUACACAGUAUAUAUUAUGGCAAGACUUGGACAGUACAGAUCAUAAUUUUGUAAAUAAAUAUUUCAAAAGGUGUAAUACGCAAUAUAUAUUAUGGCAAGACUUGUAUAGUACAGAUAAUAAUAUUGUAAAUAAAUAUUUCCUACACAACAUAAACUCUAUAAACAUCUUGAUUAUACACAAAAGAUAUAUGUACAUAUAUGUAAAUAUAAUUUCAAAAGGUGUAAUACGCAAUAUAUAUUAUGGCAAGACUUGUAUAGUACAGAUCAUAAUUUUGUAAAUAAAUAUUUCCUACACAAUAAUUCCAAAGGUGUAAUACACAGUAUAUAUUAUGGCAAGACUUGGACAGUACAGAUCAUAAUUUUGUAAAUAAAUAUUUCAAAAGGUGUAAUACGCAAUAUAUAUUAUGGCAAGACUUGUAUAGUACAGAUAAUAAUAUUGUAAAUAAAUAUUUCCUACACAACAUAAACUCUAUAAACAUCUUGAUCAUAUAACAAUGAUAUUAUGUCUGCAGGAUAUCCAUGAUCUGUCCACGGAAGGAGUAUAUAAAUGUUCUGUUUUUAAUAGUGCUUGAUAGAGAAUUCUAUAAAUCUGCUUCUUUGAAUCUGAUACUAAUCUUGAUAACUGAUAAUUUAGGUCCAGGGACAAUACGUUUAUUAUUUAUUUUAUUAUUAUUAUUAGCGUAUGGCAUAUCAUAAAAAGGUAGAGCAUUAGUUAAGUAUGGGAGAAAGCGAGAGAGAAAUGGGGUCUAACAUCCACUCGACACAAAUUAGACCAUUUGGGGACUAACACAUGUUUCAACUUUAUUUCAAUUCGCUUGCACGAAGGGGUCUUUAGCAACAAUCUAGAGGACCCAGAGAAAACACACGAGGUUGGACAGAUGACCCUACUCCUUGUCACAUACAAAUGGGGAUUCGAAACCACACCAGUUGACUCAAUGACAGACCAUAUGAUACAACGCACACAAACUAACCAUUCAGCCAUCCAAGCAUCCAGUUGUAUGAAGGAAUUUGGUGAUAAAUACUUUUGAAUACAAAUAAGUAUUUGUUCAAUGGGUGUUUUUCCAGGACUGGAAGAUUUUAAGUUUUGUUUGUAUCAAACCGUAAGAAGGGUGGGAUAUGAUGGUUUACAUGUAUAUAGAUUAUUGCAUUUCAUAUUGUACUGAAUGUUACCUAUGCAAAGGUCAUAUUAAUUAUUUUUUUUUCGUUCCAGUUGAUUAUUAUUAUGAACAAAUAAAAUAUUUAUUUGUUU